AUGCGAUUCUUAAUUCUUCUAUUGUUCGCGACUUCACAAAUAUGCGGAGCUCGCUAUUAUUCAUUGUCAGAGACAUUCCAGUCAGUAUUGGAUACUGAAAAAGCGCUGGAAGAAGAGCUCAAAAUCAAUUUUCAACAUGCUGUAGAGGAAGACCAAAAAGCUAAGGAAGAAUCAUCGAAGAAACUUCGCGAAACUAUGGAGAAGCUUAACGAGGUAGUAAAACAGAAGCUUGAAGAAUAUAAAGAGAAGAAGGAAGCUGAAAAUGCUGAAAAUGAAGCCAAAAGGAACCAAGCACUUCAGAAAUGGAAAGAAGUUUCGGAUCAAUUUAAGCAGGCUGCUGCUGAACUUAAAGAGAAGCAAGCUGCUAAGGAGGAGCAGAGAAACAAGGAAAUUAAAGAAUUGGUUGAACAAUUGAAAGCAGUAUAUGAAAAGAAAGAAGAGCAGGAUCGAAUUGAGAAAGAGGAAAAACUGAAGAAGUGGCAAGAAGCAUCUGAAAAGCUGAAGCAGCAGAUCAAUCAGAUUAAGCAGAAACGUGCCGACGAUAAAAAGAAGAAUGACGAGCAGCAAAAAGAGAAGCUGGAAGCGUUCAAGCAAGAUUUGUCAAAUUUAAAGAAUUUGAUUGUAAACGAAGUGAAAAAUAGAUUGGAGAAAAAGAAAGAAAGAGAGGCGGCUCAGAACCAGCAUAUUGAAGAGCUGAAAAAUCAAAUUAAUGAAGAGAAGAAAAAACUGGACGAGCUUAAAAAAAAUGCUGGAAAUGACUAUAAGGAAUAUACUGAUCAGAAAGACGUUGUCGACGGACUCAUUCAAGAUUUGAUGAAACAGAAUUUGAAGGAUAAAAUCAGCAAUCAAAUUUCGGACCAACUGCAGAGGGAGCUUGAUAGAGCUGCUCUCAAAGAGGUUUUAAAUGAGAAUAAGGGAACACCGGAGAAUGGAGAAGCAGUUGAAAAGGCGGAAAAGGCCACGAUUCUUGAUGAAAUCCCUGGAAAAUCAACAUGGGAAACAAUCACAUGGAUCCUUUUGGCUCUUUCUAUCCUUCUUUCAGUGGCUCUCAUUAUGAUGAUCAUCUAUCAGAUUCGCCAGAGAAACCAUUACCAAAAACUGGAUGGCCGUGACAUCGAGACCCAGCAAUCGGAGAGACAGCCUCUGAUCCCACCAGCGACUCCAAGUACUGCUCCACCACUUGCUCCAGCCAAGGAAGAACAGCAGUUCUAA